AUGUGGUCUCUCCUGCUGCUCCUCUUCUUGGUACCGCCUGACUUGGUGGCCCAGCAAGGAGACAGACUGAUCCUGCGGGACGGUGAGAACCCGUGCGAGGGCUACAUUGAAGUAUUCCACGACAAUGAAUGGGGCAUUGUUGGGAGCAAUAAAUGGCGUCCGGAGAACUCAGAAGUGGUGUGCAAGAGCAUCGGCUGCGGCGCGGCCAUAGAAACCGUCAACAUACUAAAGCCCCAAAACGACCUCCCUGCCUUGCUCGACGAUGUGGUCUGCGAUGGGACCGAGGACCAGCUGUGGAACUGCAACUGUUGCUGGGAAAGCAAGACAUCAAGGGGAAGGGUUUACCUCAAGGAUACUGUGAAAUGGAUCACAUGUUCUGAUAAAAUUGACUUCAAACUGGAUGACUUUCCAUGCGCUGGAGCUAUCCAGUACACCAAACGUUCAGAUGGGAUCACCACUGAAGGCUACGUGUGUCUUGACAGGGACGCCAAAGAUGAAGCUCAACGCGUGUGCAACAUGCUGAACUGCGGUAACCUCACAGAGAUCUCUCCCCCUGAAAUGAUGACACCAAGAUCAGCAGCCCUCGAAACCAAAAAGCUCAAGUGUACAGGCACCGAGCAGCAUCUCUGGCAGUGUGCAGUCAGAGAUACCUGCAAAAACCCAACUUACAUCAAAUGCCAGAAACAUCGCAACCUGCGGCUCCAGGGAGGAGACAACCUCUGUGCUGGGAACCUGGAGAUGGAAUUCAAGGAGAGAAAUGAUACCUGGGAAAAAGUUUCCUGCGAAAACAUAACUGCUGAUCUGUGGUGCAGACAGAUGCACUGCGGGACCCCCGUCAACCACAGCUGUGCCGAAGGCCAGGUGUCUCUGAAUUGCUCAGACACAGUCAAUGUAACUCUGGUGCACAAUAAGGAACCAAACCAAUGUCACGGUGAAGUACAUAUUGGAGUGAAUGGCGUUCUUCACCCUGUGUGCGACUCAGACUGGGAUGAAAAUGACGGGAAGGUAGUCUGCAGGGAGCGGGGCUGUGGGAAGCUGAUUUAUGUAAAAAAAUCAACAAAGCCUCAAAGACCUGCAAUACUUGACAACGUGAAGUGCACAGGCAAUGAGACCUCUUUGUGGCACUGCAACGCCAAAUAUAACAGCAAAGGUGUCUCAUGUGUUUCCACUGCCUAUGUUGUGUGUGCAGAAAGUCUGCAAGUGAAGUUGGUUGAUGGUCCAGGAAAAUGUGCUGGCAGACUGGAGAUAAAGCACGAAGGCCAGUGGCAACAGGUUGACGAAACCGGGUGGGAGGAUCACUAUUACGAUACGGUCUGCAGACACCUGGGGUGUGGAAAAGCAAGAAAUUCCACCAUGGAGGAAAAAUUCAGCCUUAGUUCAAGUACAGAAAAGACAUUUCUGGAUCAAGUUGUGUGCACACCAGGCGCUGACAAAAUAUGGGACUGUGUCACAAGUCAAACAAAACUCCAGGAAAAAAAACAGGCAACAGCAAAAACAAUAAUCUGCGAAAACCACAAGGUGCUGUUUCUGAGGGGAAGCAGGUCCUGCUCUGGCACGGUGGGCAUCGAGAAAGGGGACAUCAGCUACUGGCUCUCAGGGUCCAACAAGACAUGGACGCGUGAGAUGGCCGACAUGGUGUGUCGACAGAUGCACUGUGGGACUGCCACUGACGUUACCUCCAUCAGCCAUAAUGACAAUACGGAAAAUCUCGGGAUAAAGACUUACCAGUGCAACUCGACGCAUGAAAAUCUCUUUGACUGUGUAGAAAAUGAAGGACCAUCCAACGACAGUAUUGCCCACGUGACAUGCUCAAGUGAAACAACAGUGGCCCUGACAAAUCAGUGCUGGGGAGAAGUGAACGUGACCGUGGAGGGGAAAAGUGGCGGUGUGUGUGCAGACACCUGGUCAAACAGAAUGUUUGAGAUGCUGUGUGAAAACCCAAAGAAGUGUGGGAGUAAAAUCGUGGAGGUCGACCCCCCAGACAGCAAAAGGAAGAUGAUCAUCAAGAGUUUUCACACUACAAAGCACACCAAACGCCUGUAUGAGAGCAACCUCGUCCUCAGUGACAACAGUGACUUCCACUGUGUUAAAAAGCAAGUUUAUGUUGUUUGCUCAGGUAGUGUUAAGACCAAAUUCAGCGACUCCAGAGACCACUGCUCCGGAAAUCUUAUGAUGACCAUUGAAAACCAGGAGCGCCUGGUGUGUGAAGAGGCUCUUAAAGACACCAAUGUCCAAAACGUUAUCUGUAGACAACUGGGCUGCGGAAAGGCUGACGCAGUUCUCAGUUUCUUCGGACCAAUUCCAGGUGGAAAUAAGCGUGUGACCGAAAUAACCUGUGAUGCAUCCAGCAAGUCAUUAGCAAAAUGUAGUAUGAAAUCCAAGAGCAGCACUUGCACUCCUGUAGGCCUCAAGUGCUCUGGCUGGCAGAGGAUGGAAAUGAAGCUGGAGGACAAGGCCUGUAAGGGAGAUGUGUUUGUUCGCAGUGCGGCAGGCCUCGCUGGUGUUUCCAGUGAAGGCUGGACAGAAAAAGAGGGCAAGAUGCUCUGUGAGAACCUGGGCUGUGGCAGCUACAGAAACUUUUUGAGCACGAAUGUGAAGACUUCCACUUUGACAGCCUUCAACUGCACAGAUGCCAAAGGAGAGAAAAGAAACAUAUGGGAGUGUCAGCAAAAAAAGACAGGGAACAAGCAGCUCAGUGUCACCUGUGAUGGUGAACCCCAGGUCGCCCUAUCAAAAGGGUGUUCCGGUGAGGUGCUAAUCAACGGCAGAAAGGUGUGUAACAGACAGUGGAACAUCAAUUAUUCACAGAUAGUGUGUAAACAGCUGGAGUGUGGCAACGCCCACAAUGUUACGGUGGCCAGUGGCUCCACAGAAGUACCUGUUCCAGAUUUGACGCACGUGAGCUGUCUGGAACAUGAAGACACACUCGGACAGUGCAAGACAGUCACUGGAGAGUGUAGUGGACAGCCAGUGUCUGUUUACUGUGACGACGCUGUUGAGUUGAGAACGACAGAAACUUGUGGAGGCCAGAUUCGGCUCCUUCAUCGAGGUCAAUUGGAAUCGGUGUGUCCCCUAAAUCAAAAUUUUGACCUCAGCGAUUUUGAGGACAUUCUGUGCCAGAAGCUCAACUGUGGCAGUGGUUUGGAUAAAAAAGUGACAAAACAUUAUGGGGAUCAAUACACAAACAAGUUGGACAUGAAAAUGUCGCUGAUUUACACAAGAGGCCCCCAGGAUCUCAAGUGCUAUAUCGAUGAAGUUCCUUGUAAGAACCGCAAACCAGCGGAGAUCUACUGUGAAGACUAUAUUCCUCCUCCAGAACGUCCAGUUGGCUCCCCUGUCAAACUGAUAGUGGGUGUUUCCCUCGGAGCCUUUUUUCUGAUUUUGGUGAUUUUGCUCGUUUUCGUUUUGCAAAGACGCUUCGCCAGGAAGGUCAGACCAAAAUAUUCAGCUGACAUUGAGGAUUUAGAGGAUGCUGAGAUGCCUGAGAGGAGACGCCUCAGUGACAGGGGAUCAGAAAGAGCAGUUGUCAAAGAGUAUGACACGAGGAGCGCUUCCUCUGUGUAUGACGAUAUCGAUGAAGGUGAUGAGACCGCAUAUUCCCCCCUGAGAAUGGGACAACAGCCUGACGCUGCUGAGCCAGGAGCCAACAAUAAUGCCCCUGGUCAAAGUGCAGAGGACAUAACUUACGAAGUAGACAUGGCUGCAGAUGGUUAUGAUGACAUCGGGGUGGAGGGUGAAGUUGAAGUCCAUGAUGUCCCCAACACCAAACCUGAAAAUAGCCGAGAGUUGCCACCAGUGCCUGGGGAAGAGGACUACAUGGAGCCUGAUCUGGACAGACAUUUAAAAUUGGAGUGAGAACCCUGCAAAGGACUUCAAUCAAAAAGUGAAGUUGCAACUUCUUUUCUAUACAGAAAUGCCAUUUUUUAAUGGCUACUGCCUGGUAUUAAUACAUUUUAUUUUUUUUUUAAAUUUUGUAUCUUUUAUAUAAUGUUCAAAUAUGCUUGGGUUCAAUAGUGCCAGCCUGUUGACAUCAGCACUUAUAUUCUGCUCUUGUGUGUGAAUUCACAUCAAUGUAAUUUUUGAUUAUUCAGCAUAUUUUUAAAAGGUAUUUUACAAGGAAUUUAUAAGAACGCAUGCAUGAUGUUGUAUCAUUAUAAUAAUAUUUUAUGAAAUAUAAGGAUGGCAUCCCUCAAAGUGUAUUUGUAUAGCAUAAGCUGACAGUGCUACCCUUUAAAAAAACAGAAGGCAAAAGGAAAGGAAAUGAAAGGAAGGGAAAAUAUCACUUAUAUGUUAAAUGAUGCUUUAUGCUGCUCUAUGUCUCUGACAUCAACAUAUUACCUAAAGGCCUUUUACC